AUGGCUUUGCAACCAGAGAUGCUAAACAUUGUUUUGAUACCUCUAAUGGCCCCUGGCCACAUGAUUCCAAUGGUAGACAUGGCAAAAAAUUUUGCAGAACAUGGUAUUCUUGUGACAAUAGUCACGACUCCCCUCAAUGCCAUCCGGUUCACUUCAGUGAUUGAUCGCGCCAUCUCGUCUGGACUCCCGAUCCAGCUUCUACAGCUCCGGUUUCCAUGUGAGGAAGCCGGUUUGCCCAUUGGAUGUGAAAAUGCAGACGCUUUACCGUCCUAUAAGUUAAUUAGGAACUUAUUUAGUGCAGCAAAAAUGCUACAAAAGCCAUUGGAACAGACACUGAAAGGACUUAAGCCAGCUCCAAGUUGCAUUAUAUGCGAUAAGCAUCUGUCAUGGACAGUUGAUUUAUCAAAUAAUCUUCAGGUUCCGAGGAUUGUUUUUGAUGGAAUGAGUUGCUUCACACAACUGAUUAUGCAUAAUUUGCACAAUUCCAAGGUUCAUGAAAGUGUGCCUGAGAUGGAGCAUUUCGUCGUGCCUAAUUUACCAGAUAAAGUUGAGUUUACUAAGCUCCAGCUGCCUGGAAUGUUCAAUCCAGGGUCGGUGGAUGCGAACGAUAUUCGUGAAGAGAUACGAGCAACUGAAACGCAAUGUUAUGGGGUGGUGGUCAAUAGUUUUGAAGAGUUGGAACAAAGGUAUGUCGAUGAAUUUCGGAAGAUCAGAGGGGGAAAGGUUUGGUGCAUUGGUCCGCUAUCACUUUUUAACAGGGAGAAUUUGGACAAAUCUCAAAGAGGGAAUGAGGCCUCCAUUGAUACGAAUAAGUGCUUGAAGUGGCUUGAUUCACACGAGCCUAAUUCUGUAAUCUACGCGUGUCUUGGAAGCCUCAGUCGUCUAACGCCUUCACAAUUCAUAGAGCUGGCUUUAGGCCUAGAAGCUUCGAACUAUCCAUUUAUUCUUGUGAUAAAAGGAGGAGAAAAAACACAAGAAAUAGAUAAGUGGGUAUUGGAAGAUGGAUUUGAGGAAAGAAUAAAGGAAAGAGGCCUUUUGAUCCGAGGUUGGGCGCCACAAGUACUGAUUUUAUCCCACUCUUCAAUUGGAGCAUUCUUAACACACUGCGGUUGGAAUUCAACUCUAGAAGGUAUAUGUGCAGGCGUGCCAAUGAUCACAUGGCCUUUGUUUGCCGAGCAAUUUUUUAAUGAAAAAUUAGUAGUACAGAUUUUGGGCACAAGUGUAAGAGUUGGAGCUGAAGCUGUUGUAGACUUGGUCACCCAAGAAAGGUCCGGGGCGAAGGUGAUGAAGGACGAGGUUAAGGCUGCCAUUGACAUUGUAAUGGAUAAGGGAAUAAAAGGAUAUGAGAGAAGGGAAAAAGCAAAAGAGUUAAAAGAAAUGGCAAAGAAAUCAGUCGAAGAAGAUGGAUCGUCCUAUCUCAACACGACGCUGCUGAUUCAAGACAUUGAGCAGCUGGUGAAGAAGAAUAAGCAAUCAACAUAA